CACGGUCCUGCGCGUCGCCCUUGAUUGCCCCUUCUUCCUGGUUGGUGCCAGUUGUCAAGCCCAGGACUACUUGCUCUUGCGAUUGCCGUCUUCCAAAGUCCAGGGAGGAGAGUACCAUACGAAUUGUAAAGGGACGAAUAGGGUAUUCUACACAAUGGCGACGACACCGCCGCCCCCAUCGCCGUCGAAGCUUCGCGUCCCUCCGGCUCCCCGUCAUGGCCCAAAAUACGAUUCAUGGGAACCAUAUGGCACCCGUCAUUCUGCUAGAAUAGCUAGUCAACGAGCAUCGAGAGACACCCAUACGACACCCCCACCGAGUUCGCCAGAGUUACGUGGUCAGGCGGGUAGAAUGGAGGAACACAAACAAAGGGACAUGGACGUUGGAACGUUAUCACCACCUGGAUCGACUUUCACAUCGCCCCGGAAGAAGACGUCGGGCCGGGGCAAAGGAGUUAUUCCGGCAUAUUCACUUGACAACACUGAGCUCUCCAGCUCAGAUCUCUUCGGCUCUGCUCAGACUACUCGCGUCAGACAACCCUCGUUUGAAGCAUCUCGCACAACAAUGACCAACGGCAUGCUUCCUACUCCCAUGAAAACGCCUCGCAAGAAGGCAGUCGAGGACGUGAGUAGUGCUGCACGAACUCUGUUCCCAACUGCCUCUACAUCUGCGCGUCCCAAGAAGAGCAAGAAGUACAGUGGCUUUUCGCUGGAGAGUUUUGAAGAAGAGUCAACUGAGACGCAUGGCAAGAUUGAGAUCUUUACGGAUUCACGCGAUAGAAUCCCGCAGCUGGACGAAAGUGAAGAGAAUCCGUUUUACAAGAAGCCUGCCGCCCCAGCAAUCACUGAGACUGCAGCACCCCGCACUUCCAGCCGACGCAAGGCAAAUGGAAGCAAACGUGACAAAGAAGUUGACAAUGCUAUUGACCGUAAAGAUGGGAUGACUUAUGUCUUCCGUGGAAGGAAGAUAUUCCGUAAAUUCGAUGAAGAUGUCGACAUGGACAGUGGUGACGAGGACGACGAUGACGACUUGGGUCUCCUAGCUGCCCGUCCGGAUCUGAUUGACGAGUCUUUGACCAGUGUCCGACCUUUGACGCGCUCGUCCAUUAAGCCUCGUGUUCUCUUCCCUGCUGCUCAGAAGACUGGACCAGACGCAGUGGAGGAAGAGGAAGCGACCGACGUUGAGGAUAGCCACAUCGCCAAUGAGCCUGAGGUGGACGCUGGCAAUGAGGAAACCGAUGCACAGAAGGAAGCCGUUACCCCUGCGAUUCGCUCAUCUGUUACCACACCGGCCUCGCCUGGUGCUACCAUCCGGUCUCUCCGGUCGCGUAGCAAGCAUAUCGCCCAGGAUGCCACUCCCAGUGCUCCGCAAUCCAAGAAUGAGAAGCGCAUCAGCCCCUUCAACGGCUGGAUGCGUAAAAAGCAGCCGACUCCCACCGGUCUAGCUGCUGCGUCCAAGAAGAGAGAGGCGGAUCCUGUUGCUGGCAUUGGUGGACCUGCCACCAAAAAGACCAAGGGGAAAUAAGCAUGUUCCUUCCGUGAUGCAUCUCGCCUAACCACUGAUCCUUCUGGGUUUAACAUACACUCUGGAGCCGGUCUGCGCUUUUCCUUUUUUUUUGCAACGAGAAGAUGACUCUCGGUCCUGUUUCUUUCUGAAAGUAU